GUAGCCAGCAGGUGGCGGUGCAGCACUCGCAUGCUUGAUGACACACCGCGAACGAAAGAGAAAGCGGCGCUACGGAUGUACAGUGCAUGAUUGAGCUGCAUCGCCGACAUCAUCGCUGGACAAACACAACGAAACGUCAAAUACGAAGAAUAAUGGAUCCAACCGAGCAGAUGAAACAGUUAGAGGCAGACUUGCAGGAGCUGGGGUCUCUCUUAGAGAAGGCGGAUAGGAAGAGGGUGCAAGAUGUUCUCAAGCAAGAGCAGAAGAAGCUUGAGAAGGAAAUUGCCGCCAAGCGUCAACAGAAGGAGCAACAAGCCCGGAGAGAGGCCGACCCAAUGAAAGCCACUUAUACGGUCAAGAUCACCAACUACGCGUGGGAUCAGUCUGAGAAGUUUGUGAAAAUUUACCUCACUUUAAAAGAUGUGCAGAAGAUUCCAUGUGAGAAUGUAGAGGCCAGCUUUACAGAAAGGUCAUUUUCCGUGCUUGUGAAGGAUCUGGAUGGGAAAAAUCACCAGAUGACUGUUCUCAAUCUGUUGUAUCCCAUCGAUGAGAAGAACAGCAGCACUAAGAUCAAAAGUGACAUGGUUGUGAUCAUGUGCAAGAAGCAGACCACAACAAAGUGGGAGUGUCUCACAAAGGUGGAAAAAGCGUCCAAGGACAAGGAUCAACCGAGCACGGAGGACAAUGCAGACCCCAGCGACGGCCUGAUGAACAUGCUGAAGAAGAUCUACUCCGAGGGCGACGACGACAUGAAGAGAACCAUCAACAAAGCCUGGUCGGAAUCCCAAGAGAAGAAAAUAAGAGGAGAAGAAGGCAUGAUGUAAUUUUGAGCUAGAAUUUCCUCUCUUCCAUAGCGGGACUCAAUCCCAUUUAAAAAAUGACUUGAUUGCCAACUUUUGAAUCAUACGUCCAUUGUACACACGCUUUCUGCUCUAUCAAGAAGUUUCAUGUCACACACUCAGCAGAGGUCAUUAUGAUGCAGUAUAGCCAAGAGCAAGUCAUUACCAGAAUAAACAACCAAAUGGAACUGA